CACCGAGAAUUAUCAGCACUUCAACCUUCACAACCUAAGCCGCAUAAGCAUUUUCACCCCAUUUUACUGGGUCAUAGACGAAUCCCGAUACCCGGUAGCCAACGAACUGACCAGCUCAAUCGGCGGCAGAUAAAGUCAAUUUUUCCCCCAUUCAGCUUUCCCUCCCCGUUUUCUACAUUCCUUCUCAUUCCUUCUCUACCGGUGCGGCUCCGAGUGUCUGGCUGGCUGUGCUAACGCAUUACACGCGCUCCCGUAAGACACAAGCUACGACUUAAUCUUCUCUAAACCCUCUCGGUGUCGUCUGCGUGUGAUAAAAAGCAUCGCUACCUGGCCUCCGUUUUAUCUGCUUUUCUCCUCUUGAACAAACACGGUGUUGGUUGGAUUGGGAUUGAGGCACUAGCUGACCAUAAGAGCACGAUAAACAUCGUCGCCAGCACUAGUCUUGUACGCUUGGCCGCUCAACUUGGUUGCUAAUCGAGUCGAAUCUUCAAUCCGGAAUACGUAUUUAACGAAAGCAGUGGGCGAGCGUUGUGGUGAUAAGGCGGCAAAGUGAAAGUUGUUAAUCGACACAAAGAUCAAUCACAAGAGUGUCACCGAACCAUGUCAUCAGUGGCAAAGUUUCGUAACAGCCGGAUAUGGAAGGUUUGGAUCUUGUUUUUGGCAGAAUUCCUCGGUACCGGAACGUUGCUCUUCGGUGGCUGCAUGGCGGCGCUGGAUGGAUUCGAUAACGUGACAACCAACGUGAGUCGGGGCCUCACCUUCGGCAUGAUCGUCAUGAUGGUGUUCAUCACAUUCAGUGCCACUUCGGGUGCGAUUAUUAAUCCGGUUGUAUCGCUGGCUGCCUUCAUCUGCGGAACGCUAUCAUUCCCUUUGAUGCUGUUGUACAUGGUGGCACAGUUUGCCGGGGCGCUCUGUGGUUACGGGCUACUGAAAGCCAUUACUCCCGCCAAGUACUAUCAUCUAGCGCAUGAGCAGGGUGAAGGUCACUGUGUAACGGUGCCACACGAUAGCCUAUCGUCCGGUGAAGCUCUCGCCAUUGAAAUCCUACUAACGGGCGUGCUUGUUUGGACCAACUGUGGUGUGUGGGAUCCACGAAACAGCAAGGACAGUGAUUCGGUUCCGAUCAAGUUCGCGCUACUGAUCGCGGGUCUCUCGAUCGCUGGAGGUCCCUUAACUGGAGCGAGCAUGAACCCGGCUCGAUCCCUUGCACCAGCCGUUUGGAAUGGUUCUUUUGAUGAGAUUUGGAUUUACUUUGCCGGACCGUAUAUUGGAGCGUUCUUGAUGGCCACCAUCUAUCGCUACAUGUUCUGGCAAGCUGUUGAACCCGAAAAUGACGCCAAUCUUCGAAUGGCCUGUGAUGGUCCUCGGGCCAAACAUUUACCCUGAGCACUCUUCCUUCCUGUUUGC